CUGUUCAUAAGGACCAAUUCCAUUGGAAAGGGCUCUUUUAGCGCUCAACCCUUGUCUUUCCGAGUGGUUCAGGCUUGACAGCAAGAGUGAGAGACUUGGUGUGGAGGAGGUGGGUUGGGGACGUGUCUGAGCCCUGGAUAUUGGAGAGAUGUCUUUCCUGGACCUGAGUGUCUUCUCCAUGGGGAUGUGGUCUCUGGGGGCUGGAGCCCUGGGCGCAGCUGUUUUAAGCUUGAUCCUGGCCAACACUGAUCUGUUUCUGACCAAAUCAGUAACAGCUACCCUAGAGUUUCUGGAAGACAUAGAGCUGAAAACCCUGGAUAAUGAAUCCCCAAAGACUUUCAAAGCCCGAGAACUCUGGGAGCACCAUGGGGCAGUGAUCAUGGCAGUAAGAAGGCCAGGCUGUUUUUUGUGUCGGGAGGAGGCAGCUGAACUAUCUACUCUCAAACCACAGCUAGACCAGUUGGGGGUCCCACUCUAUGCUGUGGUGAAAGAGAAGAUUGGGUCAGAGGUAGAGGAUUUCCAGCCAUAUUUCAAAGGAAAGAUCUUUCUGGAUGAAAGGAAAAAGUUUUAUGGUCCUCAGAAGCGGAAGAUGAUGUAUAUGGGAUUCCUUCGUCUGGGGGUGUGGCAGAACUUUUUCCGGGCCAGGAGUAAGGGCUUCUCUGGUAACCUGGAAGGAGAAGGGUUCAUCCUUGGAGGUGUUUAUGUGAUUGGGCCAGGCAAACAGGGCAUUCUCCUAGAGCACCGAGAGAAAGAGUUUGGAGAUAAAGUCGACCCUGCCUCUGUUCUGGAAGCUGCCAAAAAGAUAAAGCCACAUACUUCAGCCUCGGAGGAAAAAUGAUCAAAUGUAGCAACUGACCUCGGGGGAAAAACUAGGAAGAUGAGACUGUUAUUAUGUGACAUCGGCUUCACAAGUCCCACAGAGGACUUUCUUAUUUAUCUACAUCUGCAUUAUGUAUCUCUCCUAGGGAUGAAACCCCAUCUGGCCUCAUUCUUAGAUUCUGGGAUUUUUGUUUUGGCUGAACAAUUAGAAUUCAAAACAAGAUCGGUUUUUUUCUUUUUCUUUUUUCUUCUUUUCUGUUCUCUCUCUCUCACUUUCUUUUUUCCUGCCCUAAGCAGGUUACUCAGUGCUUUUUCACUGAGGACUGAGAGAAGUGUGAGGUUUGCCUUUCUGGGCUAUUCAUCACAGCUCACUUCACUCACAUUUGAAGCACCUUGGAAAUUUGCAAAGUGCUUCUCUCUCAAUGCCCUGGUAAAGCAAGCAGUGUAAGGAUUUGAUAUAAGAGAAGACAGAGGUGGAGGUUAAGUGACUUGCCCUGGAUCUAAUAGCCCCCAAAAGAGUCAGGAUAGAAUGAAAAGAGCAUUGAAUUCAGCCUCAAGAGUCCUUGGUUUGAAUCCUGGCCCUGACAUCUAUCAGCUCUUUGGCAAGCCGCUUAACCUCUAUGAGACUUAGUUUCCUAAUUUGUUUAUGGUAUUUAGUGAGGAUAAUAAUAGAUAUGGCAACAUGAAUACAGUGCUGCAUUGUUAACAAAGACCAGUGUUCAAAUCUUGCCUCUGAUACUGUGUGAUGAUUCAUAAAUAACAACUCGUCUGAGCCUCAGUUUCCACGUCUAUUAGAAGAUAAUGAUGCCUAUAUGACAGGCAACAUGACAUCAUGGAUAAAAAGGUGGCCCCAGAGUCAGGAAUGAAUGAAUGAAUGGAUAGAUGAAUGAAUGAGCAUUCAUUUGGAGCUUACUAUGUGCCAGCCACUAUGCUAAAUAGGGGAAAUACAAAGAGAAAGAGUGAGACAAUCCUUGCUCUCCAGGAAAUAAAACACCUAAGAAAGCAUGGCUGGAGGGCCUAAGAUUAAAGCUGAGGGUAAGAUGGUGAGAUCAUGGAGUCCCGUGGUUACAGCGAUAGGUCACAUGACAGGGUUGGGGGUCUGCAGGGAGUAGCAGCAGGAAGACCUGGGUUCCAGAACUGCUUCCAGCACCCAGUGGCUAUAGGACCCUAGGCAAGUCACUUAACCUUUUGGUGCCCCCAAGCAACUCUUUGAUACUAUAUAUUAUCAAGAAUGGAUAAAUCUCCAUUUGGGGAGAUGGCUGCUCACUAGGAGCCCCCUACACUGAUGAAAUCAAGAAUCUGGUUUAAAAAAAACCCUCUAGUACCAAUUUCAAAGGAGAAAAUGCAUGUGAGCUGCUCUGGAAACCAUAAAGCACUGUGUGAAUGCCAGCUGUUCUCACUACCUAUUCCACAGAUUUGUUGCCUUAUAAUCCUUUAAGCUCUAUAUAAAUGUGAAUUACUAUUCAUUGGAACUGGGACUUGAACCUAGGUCCUCUGAUACCAAAUCCAGUGCUCAUUCCACUAUGUCAUGUUGCCUUUCUGAUGUGUUUGAUUUUUGGAGUGAUAUUCUUGGACAUAAUUCAUGUGGAAGACUUUUCCUGGCUUUUUCUUUUUAAACUUCUUCACAUGCCCUGCGAGCUUGGUGCAUUUCACCUUAAAGCUGGAAGAUUGGGAUUUUUAAUUGUGCAUGUGGGGUAUUGUGGGCUCCCCAGGUAUGGACUGUGUGUGUCUAUCCAUAUGAGGACUUGCCCAGCCAAAUUUGGAGGGGCCCAUGAAACAACCUGCUGAGUUGUGGAGAAAAUGCAGUCUGCACUGCUGAAAUAAUGAAUCUUUGUGUAUGAGUGUGUGGUUAUGAUUUUAUAUAAAUAGAGAUAUUCCUUGUUUUAUGGAACAGAAGUGUACCAGCAAAACUGGCUUUCUCCCACUAUAUCUUCUGACCCCAUUGCUUUUUAACAUAUCAUUAGAAGCUUGUCCUACUGGAAAAUGUU